CUCAUAAAUGCAUUGAAAUCCUCCGACGGCGCCACAGUCUUUCUCUACAAGUACGUGUCGGUUGCCUCCCCUUUUUUUUCUCUUUUCGAUCCCUUUUCUUUCUACUUCCUUCGGCUCAACCUCUGUCCAGAAAUUUGCUCUGGGAGGGACAAAAGAGGGGAGAGUAAAAAGGUGCUCCCGAUAUUCACUCGACGCAGACGGUCCUUGGCUCUGCAAACGACUUUGACAGGUUCACCCGCGUCCCAUCGUGCCGGUUGGAACUCGCAUUCGGAUCCACUACUGCGCUUCUCGCAUACGGCACGCAUCUAUAGUACAGCUAUUAAGACCAACUGCAUCACUUUCAACGUGUACCGUUGCCGCCAGGCUCAGAAGCUUGAACUUUUCUUUGGCAAGACGCUCGUUCAUCCUUGCCUCUGCUCUUGACACGUCAUUUUUUCGAACCUCAUUAGAUCCUGCGAUCGCGUUGGGAACUUUGCUGUUCCUGAUCCUACGGCCUUGCACCAGUACAGGGUUACCCCCACAGAGAAGUGUCUCAUCAUGAUGGGAUUUCUGUCCAAACUGCAAGCGAGGAAAGAGCUCAACCGCUUGGAGGAUCGUUACGUCAGGAGGAACAACCGCAACGCGUGGAAGUCGGACUUCGAGUAUGUCAACGGCGAAUACGUGUUUAAGAACAGGCAGCAAGUCGACCCACCCGCGUCCCGCACGGCGCAGAAGCAAGCAAAUCCCAACCCGCGCUUCUCAACUGCCCGGCCGCCGACGGACUCGUCGUAUGGCAGCGAAGCGAGCAAGCCGUCCAGCGCCGCCAGCUCCUCGUCCAAACCCAGCAAACGAUUUUCUACAAGUUUUGUCUGGCGGUAGUGCGGUUUGACGAGGAGCACUCAUCGUGUCCAGCAUCUAGCCUCGUGCUCGAGGCAUGUACUAUAUCGAAGUCGAGCCCGCCACAGCCCGCGCUUCGAGACCGGUUCCGUGGCUUGAAAGCCUGAGCCUUCCCAGAUCGUCCGGCACUUCGUCCCGUCUGCUCCCACGGCUGAUCGCGCUCGUCCACGGGGGAGGGCUUCGCAGUGGCCCGAUCAUAAGGAUCCAGGACGGCUGUGUAUUGGACGGACUAAAUAACUGGUCGGCCUGCCACAGUGCAACAUGCACACUAUAGUAGAAACGAUAACGUGCGGACUAGAGAAGGAAAAACGAGUCAUGAUCUAUAGUUUUAAU